UUGCAUCGCUCCAUAGAUCCAGCUAGAACCCAUCUAACCGGAUCGGUACCGGAAUCCUACAUCGAUCGAGUCCGAGUGGUGCACAGUCAAGGCUCUUUUGGAAGUCGUGGUUACCAGUCGCAUUGGGUGCUGAGUGAAGCUGAGAAAAAUCUGCUGCGCACACACACCACUGCUGUCAGUGCGCGAAUGUUGUAUCAUUUGGCACAACAGAAUCCAGUAGUCCCCGUGCGUUAUUUUAGUAUUGAUCGAGUAUUUCGCAACGAGACAUUGGAUGCCACACAUUUGGCCGAAUUUCAUCAGGUCGAAGGGCUUGUCGCAGACUAUGGCCUAAGUUUGGGCCAUCUGAAAGCGGUCAUUCGUGCAUUCUUCCGAAAAUUGGGUUUGGUUCAGUUGCGUUUCAAACCGGCCUACAAUCCGUACACGGAACCUAGCAUGGAAAUAUUUGCAUAUCAUCCCGGUCACGGUAGUACUACUGUGCACGAUUUGCCGAUCUACAUGGAUUCGUUGAAUCGCAUUCGUCAACUGGUAUCCCGCUGUGAACAAGAAACCAGUCAACGAGGAGAACGUUUUCUCCUAUGUCCGGGGCAUGGUAUGGAAAUGGAACACGGCUUGGGCAAACUGGAUGAAUAUGUGGUCAAUCGAAAAUCCCGAAUAGAGAAAACUCGUGAAUUUCUCUGGUCAAAUCCACCAAACACAUGGCUUACUGAAGACCGAAUACUGGCCUAUGUGUAUCCGGAUGUGCACGACGCUUUACGUUCGGCUGCUCGACUCAAUCUUCGGCAUAGUUUGUUCUGGCUUGCCGCUCCUGCGUCCGGCUCCCAAGCACAGGGAUCGGAUGUUAUUGCACAACGAGAGUCCGGUGAAUUGGUCCCGGUAAACGAAUUCCACACGCUUCUGACUCGCUUAGACGAAAGAUAUCGAUUACGUACCGACCGCGCAUAUGACGCUGAAUUGAAUGAGAAACUGAUACUACCGUGGCGAUGGAUGAGACGACAAUUCGCCUAG